CCGUGCUGCCGCCUGGGCCUGCGCCUGCUGCUGGGCUUGUACCUGGGCGUAGAGCUGUGCUUGGUGAUGGACAUUGUGCUGCUGCUGCUGAUGGGUAUUCGCGUGUUGCUGGAACCUGUCACGGUCCAGCAGGCUAUGCCCGACAUGCUGCAUACCGGCCUGCUGUGGGAACGGCGGAGGAUGCAUGCCGGGGCCAUAAUUGUUUGCUCGGGAGGGUGGCGGCAUAGCGGUAGAGGAGGUGGUGAGGAGUAUAUGUGGUUCGGAAGUGCGUUUCUAUUCGUGAAGUGGGUAGGAUGCUAGUAUCUAAGGUCGAGGAGGUGAGCAUAUAGGGAUUGAGCCGCUACAGCUUUCCGGGGGGGCUGCUGUCGUUGGGGUUGGGUCUUCGCAGGGGUAUCGGAGUGGUUGGUGGUGAUGGCGGUGGUGGCGGUGGAGGUGGAGGUGAGCGGUGGUGGUGGUGUUGAGGGAGUAUGCGUGCGACACCACGAGACUGGGGGGUGGUGGCCGUCGAGGAUGAUUGCGGUUGUGUCGACUUUCGAGCGGGAGUGGAGGUUAGGUCUAGAGUAGUGGGUGUUGGUGGGGCUAGGCGUGGAGGGAGAGAGAGAAGAACUUGGUCGUUGCUUCGGAGGAUCUGAGCCGAUUUGUCGGGUCGAUGGGGCUUAAAG